UCCCCCAGGGCUCUGUUCUAGGCCCUCUCCUAUUCUCGCUAUAUACCAAGUCACUUGGCUCUGUCAUAACCUCACAUGGUCUCUCCUAUCAUUGCUAUGCAGACGACACACAAUUAAUCUUCUCCUUUCCCCCUUCUGAUGACCAGGUGGCGAAUCGCAUCUCUGCAUGUCUGGCAGACAUAUCAGUGUGGAUGACGGAUCACCACCUCAAGCUGAACCUCGGCAAGACGGAGCUGCUCUUCCUCCCGGGGAAGGACUGCCCGUUCCAUGAUCUCGCCAUCACGGUUGACAACUCCAUUGUGUCCUCCUCCCAGAGCGCUAAGAACCUUGGCGUGAUCCUGGACAACACCCUGUCGUUCUCAACUAACAUCAAGGCGGUGGCCCGUUCCUGUAGGUUCAUGCUCUACAACAUCCGCAGAGUACAACCCUGCCUCACACAGGAAGCGGCGCAGGUCCUAAUCCAGGCACUUGUCAUCUCCCGUCUGGACUACUGCAACUCGCUGUUGGCUGGGCUCCCUGCCUGUGCCAUUAAACCCCUACAACUCAUCCAGAACGCCGCAGCCCGUCUGGUGUUCAACCUUCCCAAGUUCUCUCACGUCACCCCGCUCCUCCGCUCUCUCCACUGGCUUCCAGUUGAAGCUCGCAUCCGCUACAAGACCAUGGUGCUUCGUCGGUCGUUACAGAAUGCUAAAGACUUCAUACGGAGCAUCGGGGAGUGCUGGCGUUCCGGUUGUUGCCGGCUCGUCAGGCUGCUACGCCUCCGCUGGAUCAUCGGGUUCCCACCCCUCAACAGGAUUGCCAUGCUUUCAACGGGAUUCCCAGGCUUUUUCCGGCCUCAGCCGGAUCGUCAUGUUUUCUCAUCCCAGCUGGAUCGUCGGGCUCCUAUGCCUCAGCUGGCUUGCCAGGCUCCCAUGCCUCUGCCGGUUCGUCGAGACUUUACACUCAGCUGGCUUGUCAAGUACCCAUACCUCGGCCGGCCCGUCGGGCUCCCCCAGGUGGGAUGCUGA